AAUACUUUCAAAGAUACAGUCUGUUAAAGCAACGUGGUUGGUCUGCAAUUAUAUUUGCGAUCUUGGGAAUGAUCAGUUUGAUCAAAAGAAAGAGGGCGUUGAUGUAUUCUCUUAAGAGGCAGCACUGAUGAAAUGAGCGCUCGGGAUCUUUCGCUGUCACAGGCAGUCUGUGUUUGUUGACACCGUCAUACAGGAGGACGACACAGAGGAAUUAAUGCGUAUUUAAACAGCAACACAGUCGUGUUGGAAAUACACUGAAGACGAAACAUGAAAGGCCUAGAAUACUUUAUUGCACUUUUAUUCUUUCCCAUGACAUUUGGUGUGGAUUUCCUUGUGGAACCAGGCUCGUUUAACGCGCACCGGGUGUAUGUGAAGUCUCCCGUAGCCGCCAGAAGUCUAUUCGGGACGGGACAGGAUGCAGAUAUUUCUCGUAUCCAUCACAUCCAGAAAAGGAGCGCAGAUGAUGGACCAGACUCCUGUAAUGGGUUGCAUGGAUUUGAGACCAAGUUGACUCGCAAUACGCACAACUUUACCUUUCUAGAUUACAGCCGAUCUGUAUCUCUGGCCUGGGUGGGGGAUGGGACUGGGGUAGUGCUGGCCCUGACAACAUUUCAUAUGCCAAUAGUCUUCCUGCGAUUCGGUCAGUCUAAUCUGUACAGAAGUGAAGACUAUGGAAAGUCGUUUAAGGAUGUCACAGAGCUUAUCAACAACACCUUCAUCAGCACUGACUUUGGGAUCAAUAUUGGUCCGGAAAACUCUGGCAAGGUGAUCCUCACGGGAGAUGCUUCCGGAGGCGGUGGUGCCAGAAUUUUCCGUUCAAGAGAUUUUGGCAAGAGUUUCAUCCACACAGAAUUGCCCUUCCAACCGCUAAUGCAGAUAAUGUACAACCCUCAAAACUCAGAUGUUCUUGCAGCCAUCAGCGACACACAUGAUCUCUGGAUCUCUAAAGACUUUGGUAAAAAAUGGAAGAAGAUCCAUGAGAUGGUGUGUGUGGUCAACUGGGCAAUGGAUACUCUGUUCUUUUCCACCAACCUUAACGGAUCCUGCUAUGAUAAAGGGGCGCUGGUGCUGAGAAAGUCAGCUGACCUUGGUGUUAACAUUAAGACAGUCGCUGAAAGGAUCUACUCCUUUGGGAUCGGCGGACGCUUCCUGUUUGCAUCAGUUAUGGCUGGAUCAGGAAACGCAAUGCUGUCAGCGUCUGAGGACAUGAUACGGGCAAUUCAUGUGUCGGUAGACAAAGGUGAGACGUGGAACAUGGCACAACUUCCUCCUGUCGGCCAUGAGCAGUUUUAUUCAAUACUGGCAGCCAAUGAUGAAAUGGUCUUCAUGCAUGUAGAUGAACCAGGAGACACUGGGUUUGGCACCAUCUAUGUAUCAGAUGACAGAGGCACUGUGUAUUCCAAGUCUCUAGAACGCCAUCUGUAUACGACCCCAGGGGGCGAGACCGAUUUCACGAACGUCACUUCCCUCAGAGGAGUCUUCACUACUAGUGUGCUGCUUGAAGAUGGCUCAGCACAGACAGUAAUAUCGUUUGAUCAGGGAGGUGAAUGGGUUCCUUUGAAGAAACCGGAGAACACAAAGUGCGAUUCAACAGCCAAAGAUCCAGAAAGGUGUAGCCUGCAUAUUCAUGCCUCCUACAGCACCUCAAUGAAGCUGCAAGUUCCCAUGCUGCCUCUGAGUGAACCUAAUGCUGUGGGACUUAUAUUGGCUCAUGGCAGUGUAGGCGACGCAAUCUCAAUGUUGACUCCUGAUGUGUACGUGUCUGAUGAUGGAGGCUACACCUGGCUGCAGGCUCUGAAAGGGCCGCACCAUUAUGCCAUCCUGGACUCAGGAGGCCUGCUGGUGGCCGUGGAGCACAACGAAGCCAAACCCAUCUCUGAGAUUAAGUUCUCCACUGAUGAAGGGCAAUGCUGGCAUGUUUAUAAGUUCACCCAGACUCCGGUGUACUUCACAGGGCUGGCCUCAGAGCCCGGUGCCCACUCGUUGAAUGUCAGUCUGUGGGGUUAUGAAGAUGCUCUGAUCAGCCACUGGGUAACUUACACCAUUGACUUUAAAGACCUGCUGACACGUACCUGCCAGGAGAAUGAUUACGUUCAGUGGCUGGCACACUCAGAUGACAUCAGCGACCCAGACGAUGGCUGCAUGCUGGGUUAUAAGGAACGUUUCCUGCGUGUGAGAAAGGACUCGGUGUGUUGGAUUGGCAGAGAUUACAUAGUCACAAAACAGCCCACGCCGUGCGCGUGUACACUGGAUGACUUCCUGUGUGACUUUGGAUAUUACCGUAAAGAGAACAGCUCUGAAUGUAUUGAACAGGCUGAUCUCAAAGGCCACGAUCUGGAGAUCUGCAUCCAUGGGAAAUGGGAACAGCUACAGACACAUGGGUACCGAAAGAUUCCAGGUGAUAAAUGUGAAGGAGGGAAAGAACCAGAAAGAAGGGUGAUUGACCUGAGCACGAGAUGCGUUAGCAACCUGCUGGAUCCUCAGAUGCUGACAGAUAAAUCUAACUCACAUAGCUCGGCGCCCAUCGUCGCGAUCGUCGUAGCCAUCCUGCUGACCGCUGUAGUGUUAGGAGCUCUGUUUGUAAAGAAGUACCUCUGUGGUGGAAGGUUCCUUGUACACAGAUACUCUGUUUUACAACAUAAUGUGGAAGCCAACGGCAUAGAUGAACCACUGGACACUGAUGUUGCUGGAGCUCCCAAUUAUGAUUUCCAUGAUGACUCAGAUGAGGACCUACUUGAGUAGAGAGCAUUAGGUGAGCAGAAGACGCUGCGUUUCCUGUCAUUCAGGCAUUACUGCUGCUUUCUCUUAUCUUCCUGAAGCACAAACCAGCUGUCGGCUUUCUCAGACAUAUAACGUCAUGCACUUCCUUGCUUCUCGACCAAUGGGAGGGGAACCUGGUUGCUUCUCCACCAAUAGGAAGCUGUUCUCAUGAUAAAAGAGGCUUUUGAAUGUAACGCUCCUGAAAGCAGUGAAGAAGGGUUUAAAUACUGUUUGUAGGAGUUUCAGUUCUUGCUUUUGACAUUGGGGUCCUCUGGGCGCGAUUUUUGUUUGAUGAGACGCUUGUCAAUGGGGUACUUGUAAAAUACUUGCUUUCUUUUUAUGUACAGAUGCCCUUGUGUGAGAGCUAGAGGUAUUAUUUAUCCUCAUGGCGAUAUCAGAUUUUUAUUUCAGCAGAAAUUUUAUUUAGCGACACGAUACAAUGAGUCAUAUCACACGUACGUGAUGCAAGCGUCCCAGGUUUGAAUACUGUGCUACUGAACAUAGACUGUGUUUAUCACUAGAAUGUGAUCAUAACUGCUGUCAAUGUCCACUUUGCUGCGUAAUUAGUAAUGAGGUGCACUAAAGAAUAUAGCAAUAAAAUGCUGAGAAACAGUCUAUAUAUUUGGCUUCACAAACAGGGAAAUAUGUAUAAUUUUAAAUUUAUGAGCAUUACUUUCGUGAAACUGUGUAGCUAUGUUUUAGGCUGUGAGCUUAAUAAAGGGGGAAUGUGAUAAUUGGGCAAAUAACUGUAAAACAUGGAGAUAAAUUUCACAUAAUACACAAUUAAUUUGUGCGCUACCGUCACACUUGAAAUAAAGUGAUUUCUGCGAUGGUUAGGAAAAAUGUUGUAAUAAAUGUUUAUAUGAAACAAGCAAUGAUGCAAAUGCAUGUAAAAUAUAAUACAGGUGUAGUUUAUAUACAAACUUGCACACUUUGCCAGAAUCAAAUGUUGUAGUUCAGUAGUUUUGUUAGCUUUCAACAUUUGUGCCAUUUCUUGGUUCUCGUCUUGACAGCAGGAAACCCCAUGUUAUCAAGCAGUAAAAAAGUGUGACUCUUUUUUUUUUUUUAACCAUUGCGCACAUAAACGCAUAAAACUUGACUAAGUGACAAAACAUUAGCCGCAAUAAUUUUGCAUGUGUGUGCAGCAAAAUCCAGUGAGGUGAAAACAGUUCCAGUGGUCUGAAGUCAUUGACCAUGUGAUUUAAUUUUGAAUAUUCAAAUGCAAUAGAGAAAUUUAGCACGUUUCCAUGGGUAUUUCCUGUUUGCAUAGAUGUUUGAUGUCCGAUGCUGUGAAUUUUCUAUUAAGUGUGUAUUUAAAAAUUAGUUGUACAGAUAAUUUGGAGCCAUUUUUGGAGACAUACCUAAACAAAAUUCUCCUAUUUUCUUAAAAUAAGACCAUCUCCAUUGCAAAGACUCAGAUUAUGAGUUACAUAGUGUUUAAUAGAUAUACAAUCCUCGUGUAUGUUUUGAUUCAAGUGCCUAGCAUGAAGGCAUAGCUUAUGCCUUCCAAUGAAAUGUAAUGUCAUCUUAAGUAAGAGAACAAUCACUUAUUAUUUGUGUGAACUUUUUAUACAACAAAAUAACAAUUAUGCCCUCAAAUGACUUAAUUCUUGUUCCUAAACUGAGUUGCUCUCCAUGCUUGGGGUAGUAAAAGAUGCAGUGCAAAUGAAAUUUUAAAUUAUAUGAUUUCCAUUAUAACAGUGAUUUUAUUUAUGAGAGGAGUUGUACUUUUCUUGCUGAGCAAAAUCAAUGUAUAUAACAGUUGUGAAGCUCUGUACAUAUACGGCAAUUCCGACUUUGUAUGUUUUAUUUUUGCUUUGUAUAUUUGGAACAGAACUGUAUGUUUGAGAAAUAAAUUGAUUUGUCCCACUGA